AUGGCUGCCCAGGCGACAUUCAAGUCUAUCAAGUCCGUCAUCCCCCUCUUCGACCGCGUCCUCGUCCAGCGGUUCAAGGUCGACCAGAAGACCGCGUCUGGGAUCUUCCUCCCGUCGUCCGCGACGACCAGCCCGCUCCCGGAGGCGACCGUCAUCGCCGUCGGCCCUGGGGCGACGGGCAAGGACGGCAAGACGCUCCCGAUGAGCGUCGCCGCGGGCGACCGCGUCCUGCUCCCCGGUUGGGGCGGGUCACCGAUUAAGGUUGGCGAGGAGGAGUACCACCUCUUCCGGGACUCGGAGAUCCUCGCAAAGAUCCAGGAGUGA